UAUGAUUGGUUGGAGGUGGCUUGGGCAGCCUGCAGGAGCCUGGACCCACGUGGAGCUGGCGGCUGCUGAUUGAGCUGGAGGGAGGGGCUGCACCGAGCACCGGGAGACUGGGCCCGACCGGACACUGGCUCCUCCUACCUCGGGGCCCGGAGAGGUCCUUCAUUCAGUCUGAGACAAGUUCUACUACCUCCUGUGAAGAUGUUUCCACAGAACAGACCACCGACACACCUACAAGCAUCAGUGGCAGCUGCAGCAGCAUCAGGCCCUCCUCAAAGCCUCAAACUCACUUAUCCUGAGACAUUGGAUCGGAUCAAGGAGGAGUUUCAGUUCCUGCAAAGUCAGUACCACAGUUUAAAGAUGGAGUGUGAGAAGCUAGCAACAGAGAAGACAGAGAUCCAGAGGCACUACGUCAUGUAUUAUGAAAUGUCCUAUGGGCUGAAUAUUGAAAUGCACAAACAGACUGAAAUUGCCAAACGUCUGAAUGUUAUAUGUGCCCAGUUGGUACCAUUUCUGUCUCAAGAGCAUCAACAGCAAGUGGUCCAGGCAGUUGAACGAGCUAAACAAGUAACUAUGGGGGAGCUGAAUGCAGCCAUUGGGCACCAGUUACAAGCUCAGCACCUCUCACACCACGCUCCUCCUAUUCCACUAACGCCUCACCCAUCUAGUUUGCAGCCUCCUAACCUGGCUGCUGCCACCAGUGCCUCCAGUCUACUGGCCCUUUCUGGUGUCCUUGGCCUGCAGUCUCAGCUGGCAGCAAAAGAGGGACUGACUGAUUCAGAGCACAGAGACAGAGACCCAGGGCCUAGCUGUCUUACUCUUCCAAAUGGGGAGCGGGUGCGAACUUUAGCAGAUUACCUGAACAGCAACAAAAAACGCAAAACAGAGGAAAAAGACUUUGGAACAGAUUAUGGUAGCGAUGCAGACCGUAGUGAAGACAAUCUUGUGGUGGAUGAGGAUCCUGCUUCACCUCACAGUGUCCACUCCUACUCCUCGAGAGAAAAUGGUGUUGAUAAAACCAACCUACAAAGAAAGGAUCCUCCUCCAGCAAGUCCAAACUCUAUGACUUCAUCUAGCAGCGUAUCCCCCUCCAGAAGCAAAGAUCUUCCAACGCAAGUAGAAAAGGCUGGGACUCCAGGCCUAAAGUCUAGUACUCCGAAUUCUCAGAGUGAUAUGAGCACACCUGGCCCUAGUGGGGCUAGUGCAUCUCAGUUCCGACCUCUCUCCAGUAAACCUGCUAUUGACCCCCUAGCCCUGGGGCUUCGCGCCCCCUUGGGAACACAAGGUGGUUAUCCGGCUGCGUUUAGUAUUGCUCAUUCUGCUGUGAAUGCUGAAGCAGCUGGGGCCUAUGCUGGUCUUCACCUCAUGUCUCCCCAGAUCAAUGGGGCAGCUGCUGCUGGAACGUAUGGCAGAUCCUCUUUAGUUGGUUAUGACCCUCAUGCACACAUGCGAGGUUUGGGGGCUACUAUUCCAGGAGCUGCAUCUGGAAAACCAGCUUACUCCUUCCAUGUCAGUGCAGAUGGGCAGAUGCAGCCAGUCCCAUUUCCUCCAGAUGCUCUAAUAGGUUCUGGAAUUCCCCGUCAUGCUCGCCAACUCCAUACAUUAAACCAUGGAGAAGUAGUCUGUGCAGUGACUAUAAGUAACUCCACACGUCAUGUCUACACUGGAGGCAAAGGCUGUGUAAAAGUGUGGGAUGUUGGGCAGCCUGGCACUAAGACUCCUGUGGCACAACUUGAUUGCUUGAAUCGGGAUAACUAUAUUCGCUCCUGCAAACUCCUUCCAGAUGGUCGCAGUCUUAUUGUUGGGGGAGAGGCCAGCACUUUGUCUAUAUGGGACUUGGCAUCACCCACUCCAAGGAUAAAAGCAGAGCUCACCUCUUCUGCUCCUGCUUGCUAUGCUCUUGCCAUUAGUCCAGAUGCCAAAGUCUGUUUCUCUUGCUGCUCUGAUGGCAACAUUGUAGUGUGGGACUUACAGAACCAGACACUUGUUAGGCAGUUCCAAGGACACACAGAUGGUGCCAGCUGUAUAGACAUUUCUCAUGAUGGCACCAAACUAUGGACUGGUGGUCUGGACAAUACAGUUCGUUGUUGGGAUCUAAGGGAAGGGAGACAGCUCCAGCAGCAUGACUUCAACUCUCAGAUCUUUUCCUUGGGUUACUGCCCUACAGGCGAGUGGCUGGCUGUCGGGAUGGAGAGCAGCAAUGUGGAAGUAUUACAUGUUUCCAAGCCUGAUAAGUACCAGCUGCAUCUUCAUGAAAGUUGUGUCCUGUCUUUACAGUUUGCUUCCUGUGGUAAAUGGUUUGUAAGUACUGGCAAGGACAAUUUGUUAAAUGCUUGGCGGACACCUUAUGGAGCAAGCAUAUUCCAGUCGAAAGAAUCUUCAUCUGUUUUGAGCUGUGAUGUUUCCACUGAUGACCAGUUCAUUGUCACAGGUUCCGGUGACAAGAAAGCCACAGUUUAUGAGGUUAUUUACUGAUGGCCUCAGGCUUCAAUAUGGAUUCCCCUUCUACUGCAAGAACCCACAAAGGGUUAUCAUCUGUCCUUUGGGUUAGUUCUGUUUUUAGGUGUAUAUUUUAUCAGUAUCGGCCAGCGUGUAUUUAAUAAUAAAACUGGAGAAAAUAA